GACAUCACCAAAGUAAUGGGUGGGUAGGUGAACCAUCACACUACUUUCCUUUUUCAUCCACAAAAGAAGACGUACACUUAUCACAAAAAAAAAAAGAAAAAAAGAAAACAUAACACAUUUCAUUUAUAGGAUUCUUUCUCUUCUCACACCACAAACUUCCCAUCCCUCAUCAACUCACUCCUCUAAUAUGUAUCCACUCCCCAAAACACACUCACUGACUCACUCCCAUUAACAACAUGGGAAUAUCACACAAAAAAAGUCCCUUAAACAUGGCAACAGACACACAAACAACAACAACAACAACAACAACAACAACAACAACAACAACAACAACAGAUCAACCCACAUGGAACCAACUGUUAGGCAACAACAACUGGGAAACAUUAUUAAACCCACUAGACCUCAAUCUCCGGAACCUAAUCCUACGUUGCGGUGACUUCAUACAAACAACCUAUGACUCCUUCAACAACGAUCAAAACUCUAUCUACUGUGGUUCAAGCCGUUAUGGCAAAACCUCAUUCUUUAACAAAGUCAUGCUUGAAAAUCCAACACACUACACCGUUGUUUCUUUCCUUUAUGCUACAGCACGUGUCUCUGUUCCUGAAGCAUUUCUUCUUCACUCACUAUCACGUGAGAGUUGGGACCGUGAGUCUAACUGGAUCGGUUAUAUCGUUGUUAGUUCCGAUGAACGGAGUAGAGAAUUGGGUCGCCGUGAAAUUUAUGUUGUUUGGCGUGGUACUACGAGGGACCUUGAAUGGAUUAACGUGUUUGGUGCUGCUCCUCAGUCUGCUUCUGGUUUGUUGAGUGCUAAAAGUCUUCGUGAGUUCAACAUCCCAAACAACAAUAUUAAUAAGGACGACAGCAGCAGUAGCAGUGACAAUGAGGAUGACAAAGAAAUUCCUAAAAUAAUGAAGGGUUGGCUGACAAUCUACACCUCAGACGACCCAAAAUCUCCUUUCACAAAAACAAGCGUCAGAACACAGGUUCUAAACAAGGUAAAAAGUUUGUUGAGCAAAUACAAGAAUGAAAAUCCAAGUGUGGUGCUAGUGGGACAUAGUCUAGGUGCAAGUUUGUCAAUUGUAAGUGGUUUUGAUUUGGUUGAGAAUGGUGUAACAGACAUUCCUAUAGCUGCAUUUGUGUUUGGUUCACCACAAGUUGGGAACAAAGCUUUCAAUGAUAGGUUCAAGAAGUUUCAAAAUUUGAAGGUUUUACAUGUGAGGAAUGUGAUUGAUUUAAUACCACAUUAUCCAGGGAAGUUAUUGGGGUAUGAGUAUACAGGGGUAGAGUUGGAAAUUGAUACACGAAAAUCACCAAGUUUAAAGGAUUCGAAGAAUCCGAGUGAUUGGCAUAAUUUGCAGGCUAUGUUGCAUAUUGUGGCCGGGUGGAAUGGGAGUGAUGGGGAGUUUGAGGUGAAGGUGAAGAGGAGUUUGGCAUUGGUUAAUAAGUCUUGUGAUUUCUUGAAGUCGGAGUGCCACGUGCCGGCGUCAUGGUGGAUAGCAAAGAACAAAGGUAUGGUAAGAAGGGAGGAUGGAGAAUGGGUUGAUGCACCAGAUAAGGAGGACCUUCCUGUGCCUGAAGAAUAUUGAAUUUGUCUGUCUAUGCUUAUAGGGAAAUAAUUCAUAUUAUCAUGCUACCCUGCUGUAUAAUAUUGUAUUCUUUGUGUUGUUUGUUACUCUAUUUCAAUUUCAACAAAUAAUUAAUCAUGUUUUACAUCCA